AUGUCGCGCUCGCCUCGCGCCGCACGCACCGAGGAGGACGCCCCGCCCACGGACUGGCUGGCCGAGCUGCCGCACGAGCUGCACCUCCGCAUCCUCGAGGGCGUCGACGACUUCUCCGACUGCGCCGCCUUCAGCCUCGCGUCGCCGCGCCUCGGCCUCCUCGCCCUGCGCGGCGGCCUGGCGCGCUUCAAGGACCCGCUCUUCGCCGUGGCGAUGCGGCUGCUGCUCAGCCAGCGCUUCGUCGGUGGCUUCGGUGUGGUGACGCUCAGCGAGGCCACCCUUCGCAGAUACGCCGCCGACCGCCCGGCGCUCCGAGAGCCCGACCUCGGCGUGGGCAGAACGUAUGUACCCGCAUUGCUGUGA